UCAUGUCUGAAUUACCCCCUGAAGUGCAACGUACAGUGUCAGGUUGCUCAGCAAAUUAGAGGAGGCAGGCUUACGCCCACUGUAACUGAGCUUGUGACUGUUCCAGGAAGUGCAAGGAGCUCUUUUGUUGAGCUGCUCUGAGGCGAAUGGAAGCAGAAUUUAUAGCCAUUACCUACCUCUACGAAAGUACUUACUGCGCACCAUACAACAGUGUCCGGUGAACCACAUGAAAAUUAACCAAUUGGAGGAAUGGAGACCCUGUAAACCAAUCAUUUGCUCAGAGCAGGAGUGUGAGGAUAACGUCUGAAGAAUGCAGAUACCAGAGGUGGAAGGAGGGAGGAUUAAGACCAGUAUCUAAUAAGGCACAGCCUUCUCCUUUUCACAUCAUUUUGUCUACUAAAUUCAGUAGAUCACUGAUUCUGAUCCCUCCAGCCAGAAGAUGGCGCUCCAGGCUUUGCUGACACUGUUACUGCCUUGUCUGUGCUCUGCAGCCAUCUCUUGCUAUGGAGACCAAGGAAAACCUGUUGACUGGUUCAUCGUGUACAAGUUGCCCCAGCAGGAUCGCAGCCCUGUGGGGGGGAUGCGGUACAUGUAUCAGGACGGCAGCAGUGGCGGCUGGUUGCCGGGGACCUCGCUGAUGAACUGCACAGACAGCGCCGUGGGACGGACCCUCGCCCAGCUGUACAAAUCCUCCAAGUCACAGGAUGUGGCUUAUGUUCUCUACAACGACCAGCCCCCCAAAAAUCUGACUAGCAGUGAAGUUCGCGGCCACACGAAAGGUGUGGUUCUCCUGGAUAAAGAAACUGGGUUCUGGCUGGUACACAGCACUCCUCGUUUCCCCGCUGCCAGUUCUCUGCAGUACGGCUGGCCAUCCAACGCGUUUCACAAUGGGCAGUCUUUUAUAUGCGUCACUUACCCAUAUUCGCAGUUUACAGAUAUAGGCAAACAACUCCUGUAUAAUACCAUCACACCAUAUGAUUCCUCUAUUCCCAACUCCUUCUCUGGCGACCUUCGUGACCUGAAGUCUGCAGCAAUGAGGAAAGAAGUAACCGCACCACCCUGGAACCGGCAAGUGACCCUCACCUCCGCUGGUGGCAAACAGUUCACGAGUUUCGCCAAGCACGCACGUUUCGGAGAUGACCUGUACUCGGGAUGGGUGUCCGAGGUGCUGAAGUCAGACCUAUGUGUCCAGUUUUGGUUGAAUUCCAGGGGCAUCCUCUCAUCCAACUGCUCUUUGCCGCAUCACACCUACAACAUCCAGAAAAUCUCUUUCAGGUCCGCCGUCACUUUCAGCUCGCAUGUGGACCACUCCAAGUGGUGUGUGACGUGGUCUGACACCGCCGGCUGGGCCUGUGUUGGUGAUAUGAACCGGGACAUGGAGGAGGAACAGAGAGGUGGGGGCACAGUGUGCAGCUCGGACCCCAUUAUCUGGAAAUCUUUCCAUACCUUGGUGUCUAACUACAGCAAGUGCAACUGAUAUCGGGGCUAAGGGCCCAAUACAGUGGCAUAGAAGAGCCUCAUGUACUGUAAAUGACUGUAUUAACAUACCACAGAAAAACGGGUAAUAUGAAUAAUUCAUAUCAUGUGAGUGAUGGCACCAUCCAGUGUCAGUUGUGAGGUCACCACCCAAUUCCAUUGGUGAGUGGCGGCAUCCUACGAUGUCACUGGUGAAUGAUGUCAUAGGUGAGUUGACAGCAUCCCUCUGAUGUCAUUCACCUUUAAGAACACCACCCUGACACGUCUGUCAUAUGGUGGUCUCGUCGUCCAAGUUCUUGCAUUUCUUUUCUUCCCGACCUUAUAGAAUUUCAAAUGUUUGAAGUAUCCCUCCAGUAGCUGUGUGAUGGUGCUUUCAAUUUUAUCAAUAACUGACCUAAUUUUAUCACAUUCUAGAUCAUCCUUUUCAUGCUUCUUCCUCUUAUUUUUCCUGGACCUCUAUCCUGACAUUCUCUGUUGUCGCAUCCAUGUCUAAUUGAGAACUUCAACUAUUACCCCCAUAUCAGAAGGCAAGAGAAUAGGAUCCGCAGCCUGCACACUGGUUGUGAGGUCAGAAAUUAUGGAAGCAGCAUCAAAGACUGUAAAUGUCCCCAAGAGGUCAAGACGUCCACUUUCACUUCAUUUCCAAGACAUUGAUGCAUGUAACUUGUCAUUUUGGUAAUGGACCCAAUGAGCUUUGAAAGGCUCCGCAGUGGCACAUUGUCUACCAAGACACUGCCAGCGGGAACAGACUCUCCGCAAUCAGAUAAAGGUAUUGCUUCCUGAGGACAGAGAGACACUGCCAGCGGGAACAGACUCUCCGCAAUCAGAUAAAGGUAUUGCUUCCUGAGGACAGAGAGACACUGCCAGCGGGAACAGACUCUCCGCAAUCAGAUAAAGGUAUUGCUUCCUGAGGACAGAGUAGUACCAGGAUCCUCAAGACCAUUUCUAUUGCUUGGACAGAUCCUUCAAAAUGUGCAACAGGUUUGAAGUCAUUGAGUUCCAUAUCCAGUAUUCCAAAUUCAUUAUUGGACACCAUUAUCGGCAUAGAGAAUUCAUAGUAACUUUCUGAGGAUCUGUCACUGACUGUCAAGGUUACAGCAGCAUCCUCAGUCUUGUGUCCCUCUGCAGUACCCAGUUUGCUCACAACUGCUGCAUUAGUUUGUCAGACAUCCCUUACAUGGAGCUUAUAGAUGACUGAUUAUCACUGGUUCUAGUGCUUGUAGUGUGAGACGUAUUUACCAGUGCUUGUAGUGUGAGACGUAUUUACAUCCAUGUCCCCACAAACCACUGCCGCUGCAUAGUAAGUACCAGCCUGGUUGCAUAAAGGCGCGGGGUCACGUACUCCUUACACAACACUCCUAAAGACAACAUGAGCUUCCUGCAAGAAUGUGUGAUGUGAUCAUGUAAUUCUGAUUACAUGGAAACAGUACAGUCUUAUCCUGGGAAGCCAAAGAUAUUCUUGUCUCGUCUGUGCCCUUACCUCAUUAUUUGUAUUUGGAAGCCCCAUGCCACCAACUUCCGGUGCAGCUUUUUCACUGGGAACUGUAAGCCUCCAGGAGCAAUGCGCACCAUUAGCUAGGAGGGGGAACUGAAGGUCACUUCGAGGCAUUUUGUUAUUUGUAACCUGUUUUGGGGAGAUUUGCCAGUAUGACCAACCCAUUUUAUCAUUUUGUUUAGCUGCUUUUGUUCAUUAUGCUCUACUGUCAUUGACAGUGCUGGUUUUCACCUUUCAGUGUGUUUUCUGGUGGUUACUUGUAUUCUUUUCAGCCAGAUCUCUUCCUUGUGCUUAUUUUUCAUAUAUAAUUUUACAUAUCUGUACCCUAGAUCUGUUAGUGAUGGUAUGCUACUGGGAUUUCUUUCUUGUUUUAAUAAACAGAUUGCAUUAAAAACA